UAAACCGUGUGUAUAAAGGAAACAACAACAAACAGCUGACUUUGCUUCUCCGACGAGGAAGAACUGUUGAUCUGGCCAUAUAUCCUCAAUUUUCUGCUUUACCAUGGUGCCUGUCAGCAGAAGGAGAACACUUGCAUUAGUUCUCUUACUUGAAGGACUGCAGAGGAGGGGAAGAGGGAGAAGAAGCCGAGUUUGGGUUCAUCCCUUCAACCAGCAGAGAAGACAACAAGGCGAUUUUUACCAUCUGGUGGCUGAACUGAGGCUGGACAGUCAACGCCACUAUGAGUAUUUCAGAAUGAGUGCAGAGCAAAUGGACGAACUUCUAUCCCUCAUCGGCCCUGAAGUGACCAGGCAAAGCACAAACUACAGAGCUGCUAUAGAACCUAAGCAGAGACUGGCUGUAGCACUAAGGUACAUGGCUUCUGGGGAUUCACUAGUGAGUCUGGCAUAUAGCUACCGCCUGGGGCACAGUACAGUAAUAAACUCAGUCCACAUGGUGUGUGCUGCCAUUGAGAAAACCAUGAUUGAGAGGUUCCUACCCAGGCCAACACAAGAGACAUGGGAGGAAGUGGCUGAUGGCUUCUGGAAGAAGUGGAAUUUUCCAAACUGCCUGGGAGCAAUAGAUGGGAAGCAUGUGAGAGUCACUCAGACUGGGAGUCAGUAUUUUAACUACAAGAAAUCUUUCUCCAUAGUGCUUUUGGCACUUGUGGACUCGAACUACAGGUUCAGGGUCAUUCAAGUGGGGGACUACAAAAGCACUAGUGAUGGUGGUGUAUAUGCUGGGUCAGCUCUGGGGAGAGGAAUGGAGACCAAAACACUUUAUGUCCCACCCAGUACCUCUCUGCCUGGCGCUGCUCACUUGGGUGAUGUGCCACAUGUCAUGGUGGGUGAUGCAGCCUUCCCACUGAAACCAUACCUAAUGAGGCCAUACCCUGGACUAAACCUCAGUCACCAAAAGAGGAUAUUUAACUACAGACUUUCAAGGGCAAGGAUGGUGGUUGAGAAUGCGUUUGGCAUUCUGUCCUCCAGGUGGAGAGUACUGCUUCGCAGGAUCAACCUGCGCCCACAACAUGUGGACACCCUCGUUGUGGCUGCAUGCAUUCUCCAUAAUUUCCUGCUUGUCCCGAGAGAGGCUGUGGGCUUGCUGGCGGAGGCAGAGCAACAGGGGAGAAACCUGCCACCAGUACAGAACAUGGGAGGAAACAGGGCCUCAAGAGAGGCCUGUAAUGUGAGGGAGGUCUUCUCCACCUAUUUCAACUCCCCACAAGGCAGUGUGUCUUGGCAGGACAAGAUGGUGUGAAAGACAAAAGUGUGGAAAAUGUAUAUAUUUGUAAAUAUAUGUCUUCUGUUAUUCAGAUGUUUUUUUUAUCAUGCUCAUUAGAGAUGUAUUGUUCUGUUGUUCUAAAGAUGGCAUCAUUUACUGUAAAUAAAACAUUUACACAGUCUGCUGUUGUAUUCUUUCAUCUCCCUAAGUGUGUGUGUGUGUGUGUGUGUGGGGACCAUAGCUGUGUGAAAUCUUGUCUAUGUAUUAUUUUUUUUCCAGAAAGUUUAAAAUAAAAGCAAAUGGUUAAAAGUACAAAAGUUUAAAAAAUAUUUAGUCAAGUACAAAAAAACUGAUAUUUAAGUCAUUCAAAUGUAACUUUGCACUGAUCAGAAAUAUAAUGUUCUAUAUUAAUACAUUUAAAAAACAUUUUACAGAUAUUUAAAGGUAGCUUCUGUAAAGUUCAUUUAAAG